CGGUAUUUACAAAUGUUGAGCGUUAGAGUGAAAAAGUGAAAACUUGAGUGGCCUAAAGAAGAGGAAGCAGACGUGUUUGUGUGUGUUUGCGUGCGUGUGUGUGAGGCAAGGAGAGAUGAAAAAAAAAAAUGAAAAACCGUGAACAAGCUACACACAUUUUAAGCAGCAGACGGCAUUAAUAUGCCAAUUUAUUAAUAUAAAUUGUUUAUAUUCGUAGCAGCGUUGAAAGGCACCGCGCACUGCCCGCAAAUGUUCGCCUAUAAAUAUGAUAAUGAAAGAUGCACGAAUAUGACGUAACUGAGCUAAAAGAGGAACUUGACAGUCUUCCCGUAAACGAAAACUACAAUUAUAUACAAACAAAAACAUUACCGCCGCGACCAGCAAGACAACUUGAAGCUUCCAUCAAUUCAGAGUCGCACAAGAAGGAUAUAAAAACUAAUUCUAUACAACAAUUUGAUGAUAUUAUCAUAAUAAGUGACACAGAUAGUGAGCAAAAGGACGAUAAAGACUCAGAGAAAUCAUCCUCUGCCUAUAAGGCCAUAUAUCCUGUAGUUGAGGAAUAUACCGACCAGCUGCCAAUAGCUCACCUACCUUCCAAAGAGGAAGCGCCAAAGAACGCUGCUGCGGCAGUCGAGGGCGAAGAAGAGGUAGAAAAAGCAUCGCCAACUAAACGCAAACGAACACGUCGGGUAUAUGUAGCGGAAGAAUCGCGUUGUGCCAGCCUACGCUCAAGGAAACCCCCACAAACAGAAGCAACAGACAUUACAGAGCAAACAUCGAAAGCUAAGCUAACGCGUCAAACAACACCAUCGCCAACACCAUCAGAAUCUAAGGAGCAGAAAUAUAUUCAGUCAGAGCAAUUUAAGCCGGAGUUCUGGAAUUUAAUUGAUACGCUUGAGGAGCCGGAACCUAAGCCUUCUCGUAAAAGAGCCCGAGUCUUUGGUGGAAGGCAGAAAAGGAAACGGACUGCAAUACCACCACUCGAUACGGUCUACUCACCGGAAACAGCGGCGGCCAUUAAGGCGGCACAGUUGGAGCUUGAAUCACAGAAGCCAAUUGGACGUAGCGCUAGGAAGCGUACGGCCACCAUGUCUCUGUACGACCGUCGUUAUCAAACAACCGAUGAGCGACGCGUGGGCAACGGUUAUAAUAAUAGCAAUUCAUUGCGGUCGGGUACUAUGACUGAUGCAGACACACAGGAUAUUACUAGCAGCAGUCACCAGUAUUAUGUUCCCUCAGGGGGGAACAGUGCAAGUGGCUCCAAUGCCGGUCAAAAUGGCGCUGUGGCCACCCUGAGUCAUGCACCAGCGAUGGGCACCUUGUGCAAUAUUGGCAACACUUGCUAUUUAAACUCUGUUGUCUAUACCCUACGCUUUGCGCCCCACUUUCUACACAAUCUGCACCAUCUCAUCCAGGAUUUGAAUGUGGUGCAGCAUACCAUCUCGCGUCAGCACAACGCAAAGUCUGCGUCGCUAGGCAGAGGUGUGAGCGGUGCUCAUUUGGAGAAUGCACGCAGCUGGAGUAUCAAGGAUUUGGUCAAUAGCAAUAACACCAAUAACGCCUUGGAGCCGUAUAACAAUAGCAAUGGCAGUGUCAGUGGUCAGACUAACUGCAAUACCGUUUUGAGCAAAUCAAGCCAUCAGUCCGUGACUGAGAAACUGCACGAGCUCUAUCACAGUCUCCAUGGCAAUGAGAUGGCCGAAUCCACAGAACCCUACCAUGCAGAUACAUUGUUACAUGCCAUACAGGAUGUGAACGCCACCUUUGAGGGUAAUCAGCAACAGGAUGCGCAUGAAUUUCUAAUGUGUGUACUCAAUUGCAUACGCGAGACAAAUCAGUCGCUCAUUAAGGCCAUUGCCGAGUGUCCUGAUGUCAUCGCAAAUGGCUAUAUUGCAAAUCCAGAUGAAACUGACUCCAACGAUAUGCAGGAUCGCAUGGAUAGCAGCACUGCCUUGGCACUGAACAGCGGUGGCAAUGGAUCUCUGCCAACUAGUCAUAGCACAUCGACAAAAACGUCGUUUUUCUCUAGAAAAUCAAAACGAAAAGAUGAGGUGAAAUCGUCAAAGAGCACGCGACUGCAAUCGCCGCUGAAGGACAAUCUCAGCCCCACGGCAAAUAGCUUAACAUCAGCGCCGGCCUCAAAUAGUCUCUUCUACUUGAAUACAGUUGAUCUCAGUGGCCUUGGCGGCGCAGGAGCCACCAGCAUUCCGACACCGCCAGCGCCUUCGUUGCCGGCCAAAUACUCCAGCGAUGAUGAAGUUAAUACGGUUAGUCUGCUGAAGGAUAAAAUGCGACUGGAGGAGCGCAUACGGGAGCUGAACUUGAAUUUCUUUAGCUCCGACUUUGAGGGCGUUGUGGUGCUAACCACAAAAUGUCUAAGCUGUGAAACAAUUACACGGCAAAAGCAGGGCAUGCUCGACAUUUCAGUACCUGUGCCGAUAUCAGGCUAUGACAAUGCCGAAUUCAAUGACAAACCCAGCGCCUAUAUACAGAACUCGUGCAUUACCCGUGAAUAUUUUCGCGGAGAUAAUAAGUACAGCUGCAAUCAGUGUACUGGCUACACAGAGGCCAUACGUUCCGUUUCGUAUGAGGUGCUGCCGCGUCUGUUGGUCAUCCAGCUGAAUCGCUUCUCGGGUGGCAUGGAGAAGGUCAGCACGUAUGUGCCCACAGCCUUUACACUGGAAUGUUUCUGCGCCAAGUGCUGUGAGCGGAGCGAGGGCGACAAACUGCAUGUCUAUAAGCUAUAUAGUGUGAUUACGCAUGUGGGCGCCACACUCACUGUGGGUCAUUAUAUAGCCUACACAUGCUUUCUGGAUUUGGCCAGCGAGUAUGUAAACUGCCCAAAGGAUCGUCGCAACAAUACGCCCGGGCAACAACAACAGCAGCAACAUCAGCAGCAACCGGCGAAUGAGAAUAUGGCACCCAAUAAUGGUAGCAGCGGAAGUAGCAGUAUAAGCACCCCCGUUUCCACGGCCGCCUCAGUGUUAGCAUCGUCGGGUACCAGCCUUAUGAAAAAAAUGAAAUUUGGGCGCAGCAAGGCGUCGAGCAGCGGAGACAUGAGCAAGAACGUUAAACAGCUAAAUGGCAUUACCAGUAAAACCAUUACCAAUGGCAUUGGCAAGCUGAGCAUGAACACCACCUGCCAUGGCGUCAACUGCUGUGCCAUGCGCCUCUGCUGCGGCCAGCAGCAACAUCAGCAACCAAAUGCAGGCAGCAACAGCGCCAGUAGCAGCGAUUUCAGCGAGGAGUCCCUGCAAAAUGGCACCAACAGCAAUCUCAACUACGGCAACAAUGCCUAUCCGCCGGGCUAUGGCAGCACCGGUCGCGGAGGCGCCAAAGCCAACUACACCUGCCCUACGGCGGAUCCCUUGUGGUAUAUGUGCGACGAUGACAAGAUCAAGGUGAUGUCCCAGCGGGAAUUCGAGGAGCUGCUCUCGGCUACCCGCAAAAUAACCAUCACACCGUAUCUACUGUUCUAUGUGCGUUUUGAUACACAUGCGGAUGCGGGUAGGCAGGGCUCAUCGUCUACGCCACCACCACCGCCAUCGUCGUCGUCAUCCGGCACACCACAGAGCUCCUGGUCAAAUGAUAAUCUGCACAAGAUGUGAGAGCUGUCAAGCAUUGUGUGAGAAAAUCUAAAGUGUCUAAGGCAUCAUUAGAUAUAAAUACAUGCAUACUCGUAUAUGCGGAAAAGCAGGUCAAGCAGGUUAAAAAUGUAAAAAAAUAUUAAUAAUUAAUUAUAACAAAUUCACAUGCAUACAUUUAUUGUAUUUGCUAAAUAGAUAAUAUGGUCUUUAGUGUUUAGGGCUGUAUUAGAAGAUGAUAAUGAUGAAGAAGGCUGUUUGUUAAACAAUGUAAUCGUUGUAAGCUCUAUCGUUUAUCUACAUGCAUAACUCUAUAUUUAAUGACUCUUUGAAAAUUGUUUUUAACUAACUAGCGUUGACUGAUGACCCUCCCAUCCGCCCUCACAACAAUACACAUACAAACAUAUUACAUAUAAUAAAAUUGAUAAACCGAGAACUCACAGAGGACUCAUUAAAAUUGAAUAAUGAAAUCAAUCAUAAAACACAACACUAACUGCAAAAGCCUCGGCUUUUGGAUUAAAGAAUCGCUGUAUAUAUACUUAUAUAAAAAAGCACUGCAGAAAUGUAUUGAAGACGAAAUUGCUCUUUGUUCGUAAUUUACACUCUUUUUAAAGCAUUUAUUUUAUUUUUUUUACUUGUCUUAACUGAGUUGUUUCCUUAUUCGGCAUAAGCGCCACAACAAUCUUAUUGGACUCUAGUUUUAA